AUGGUGUCUGGGUGGGGUGCGGGGGGGCGGCAGGCAGAUCCACAGGUGGGAGGGGAGCCUGGGGGCCCUGGCGAGCCUCCCGGCGGCGGAGACCCCGGUGGGGGUAGCGGGGGGGUCCCGGGAGGCCGAGGGAAGCAAGACAUCGGGGACAUUCUGCAGCAGAUAAUGACCAUCACCGACCAGAGCCUGGACGAGGCCCAGGCCAAGAAACACGCCCUAAACUGCCACCGAAUGAAGCCUGCUCUAUUUAGCGUCCUGUGUGAAAUCAAAGAGAAAACUGGCCUCAGCAUUCGGAGCUCCCAAGAGGAGGAGCCAGUGGACCCCCAGCUGAUGCGCUUGGACAACAUGCUUCUGGCAGAGGGUGUGGCCGGGCCUGAGAAGGGGGGGGGCUCGGCCGCAGCUGCUGCCGCGGCGGCAGCCUCGGGGGGUGGUGUGUCCCCUGACAACUCCAUCGAGCACUCGGACUACCGCAGCAAGCUUGCCCAGAUCCGUCACAUCUACCACUCAGAGCUGGAGAAGUACGAGCAGGCCUGUAACGAGUUCACAACCCACGUCAUGAACCUGCUGCGGGAGCAGAGCCGCACGCGGCCUGUGGCACCCAAGGAGAUGGAGCGCAUGGUGAGCAUCAUCCAUCGGAAGUUCAGCGCCAUCCAGAUGCAGCUCAAGCAGAGCACCUGUGAGGCCGUCAUGAUCCUGCGAUCCCGCUUCCUGGAUGCCAGACGAAAACGCCGCAACUUCAGCAAGCAGGCCACAGAGGUCCUGAACGAGUACUUCUACUCCCAUCUGAGUAACCCGUACCCCAGUGAGGAGGCCAAGGAGGAGCUUGCCAAGAAGUGCGGCAUAACCGUUUCUCAGGUCUCCAACUGGUUUGGCAACAAGCGGAUUCGCUAUAAGAAAAACAUUGGAAAGUUCCAAGAGGAAGCGAACAUCUAUGCUGUCAAGACUGCUGUGUCAGUCACCCAGGGGGGCCACAGCCGCACCAGCUCCCCGACACCCCCUUCCUCUGCAGGCUCUGGCGGCUCUUUCAAUCUCUCAGGAUCCGGAGACAUGUUUCUGGGGAUGCCUGGGCUCAACGGAGAUUCCUACUCUGCUUCCCAGGUGGAAUCACUGCGGCACUCCAUGGGGCCAGGCAGCUACGGGGAUAACCUCGGGGGAGGCCAGAUGUACAGCCCUCGGGAAAUGAGGGCAAAUGGUGGCUGGCAGGAGGCUGUGACCCCAUCCUCAGUGACAUCCCCAACAGAGGGACCAGGAAGUGUUCACUCCGACACCUCCAACUGAUCUCUCCCCUCAGGGCCACGGGUGGGGGCUCUCACAGGCAACUCAUGAAGAGGACGCAGGCAUCCGGAGGAAAA